AUGGCUACUUUGAUUUCUCAAAAUGCGGUUUCUAAAGACAGAGGCAAGAAGAUCAAAAGAAAGAAUCCUGAUCUUGAAGAGCCUUUACCAUUAGACGUGUUACAAGAAACAAAAAAUCCAGAAAACAUGACCACAGUGAAGCCUAAGAAGAAAAAGAAAGAACGAAAAGAGGACAAACAAGCUGAAACUGAGCAAGCAAUCGAGAUGAAGAAACUCGAAAACGUCUUGUUUGGGUCUUUAUAUCCAGUGGAAUUUGGGAAGAACAUUGAAGAAGAAGAAGAAGAUGAAGAAUCUGCUUUGUUCUUCACUGAUCGUUCUGCCAACAGUGUGUUGUCUGUAUACGAAGAGGAUGCAAAAACAGGAGAAAUAGAAAUUGCUGCCACAGAGGAUCACGCCCCACGAAAACCCGUUUGGGUAGACGAAGAGGAAGAAAAAACCAACAUAAACAUUUCAAAAGUCAACCGUUUAAGAAAGAUCCGGAAAGAAGAAGACGAGAAACUAAUAUCGGGAUCCGAGUAUGUAUCAAGAUUGCGGGCCCACCACAUGAAGCUCAACCCGAGCACAGACUGGGCCCGACCCGAUUCACACAAACGGAUUUACAACUCCGAUGAAAGCGAUCAAGAAAACGGAGAUUUUGAUGGUAUCCUUCAAACCACGGAAGAUCUCGUUGUUUCGGGCAGCUCAAAACUGCUGCCCGGGUUACUCGAGUAUUCAAGAUUAGUCGAUGCAAACGCACAGGACCCAUCCAGCGGUCCGAUUAAUUCGGUUCAGUUCCAUAGAAACGGUCAGUUACUUCUAACCGGUGGACUAGACAAAAAGUUACGGUUUUUCCAGAUCGAUGGAAAACGAAACACGAAAAUUCAAUCCAUUUUUGUUGAUGAUUGUCCAAUCAGAAAGGCGGCUUUCACCCCAGAUGGCUCGCAGGUUAUCCUUUCCGGAAGGCGAAAGUUUUUUUACAGCUUUGACUUGGUCAAAGCAAAGAUGGAUAAAAUCGGUCCGUUAGUUGGGCGUGAGGAAAAAAGCUUAGAAGCGUUCGAAAUCUCCCCGGAUUCGAAAACAAUCGCGUUUAUUGGCAACGAAGGGUAUAUUCUACUGGUGUCAUCCAAAACAAAAGAAUUAAUAGGAACUCUGAAAAUGAACGGAACUGCCCGGGCUUUAACUUUCGGGAAUGACGGGCAGGAGUUGGUAGCCACGGGCGGGGACGGGCAGAUCUACCAUUUUGAUACGAGAAGCAUGAGUUGUUUCCAUAAAGGUGUUGAUGAAGGGUGCUUAACGGGUACAGCUCUUGGAAUGUCACCAAACGGGAACAUAUUUGCAGCGGGGUCCGAUAGUGGGAUUGUGAAUGUUUACAAUAAGGAGGAGUUUUUGGGGGGAAACAGAAAACCGAUGAAAAGGAUCGAGAAUCUGACAACAAAAGUUGAUUUUAUCAAGUUUAAUAGUGAUGCGCAGAUUUUGGCGAUUUGUUCGAGUAUGAAGAAGAACAGUAUGAAGCUGGUGCAUGUGCCUUCGUUUACUGUAUUUUCAAACUGGCCACCAGCAAAUAAGGCGUUGCAGUUUCCUCGGUGUUUGGAUUUUAGUCCGGGUGGAGGGAUGAUGGCGAUGGGGAAUGCUGCGGGUCAUGUGUUGCUUUACAAGUUAAAUCAUUAUCAACAUGCAUAA